AUGUCGGCUCCUCAGAGUCACCCCCGCCGCCGGCCUAUUAAGGCUACCCCUCUCCUCUCAACCCAUGGCAUGCAGCUUCGCAAGAGUGGGACCUUCUCUUCACCCAAGUCAGACUCCUCCGACAUCUGCGACCUGGGGAACCACCACUACAUGCCUCGUCGGUCGCCCACUAGCACUGAGAGCCUCCAGGAGCUCCUCGACGACUCGAGCGUCCAACGCAUCUCGAACAUACUCAAGGACUUCGAUAGGAAGAUCGCCGGCCACAAGCCGUCGGCAGCCAGCGCUAACAUCCUGAAUGACCCGGAGGUCCUUCCAGUGCCGAGCUUCCUCCUAGACAACGCUAGCCUGAACGCCUCGCCAAUGGAGAUCGACCCUAAGCCUACGGUGGAACGCACCUCGCAUGACCACGCCUCUGAUAGCGGGCUGGGUUCCAGCGUCGGUGAAUCGAAAUAUGGACGCUCCGCCGCUCAUGAAUCUGUCAAUACGUCUGUCUCCUCCACCCACUCUGCUAUUACUCGCUCCUUCUCCGCGCUGGGCGCUGCUGAGGAGAAGCACACUCUCGGCGAAUUUGCCUGCAGAGCGAUUCACGACUGUAUCAUCAAGCCUAUUCUUCAGGAAGAGGAUUUAAAGGACUUUCAUCCCUUGAUCAAGGACGUUCCACGUCGAAUUGGUGAGAAGAACAUAUGCAACCUUCGUGAUCUCGAAAAGACUCUUAUCUUCCUGGCACCGGUAAGUGGUAUCCGCUAUCUCUCUGAGAGUGCAAAAGCUUAUUGCAUUCUUCUCGGUUUUAAGGAGCUAUCGACAACCCCGGCUUCGUAUCUGCGUUUCUGCGAGCGAUCAAUUACACUCUUGCGAACGACUGUCGACUGCCUCUCCGAACAAGACCAACGACUACCGUCGGAUCGCCCAUACACUAACAACUACUUCCUCGAUUUGGUACAACAGAUCCACCGCUACGCAGCAAUCAUGGCCGCCACUCGACGCAAAGAGGAGAAUGGAGAAGAGCUUGACGAGAUGGAUCACUCCCGCGACGAGAAGAUUACUCUCCGCGGUGGACUAAGCCACAACGGCCGUCCUGCCGAGCUGGUUCGUGAGAAGAACGGCAAGGUCAUUCCCAUUGCCGAUGGCGUUGAAGACGCACACACAGGAUUCCCGUCGACCAAGCGAGCCUUGUCCGAUGACGAAAUGGACGUCGACGAAAUCACGCGAUCUAUGGCCCGGCGUAGGAAGUCUGAUAAGCCAGGUGAUGUCAUGCAUACCUGCCGUGACUGCAAGAAGGAGUUCAAGCGACCGUGUGACCUCACCAAGCACGAGAAAACCCAUUCUCGGCCCUGGAAGUGCACAGAGGAGAAGUGCAAAUACUUCGAGCUUGGCUGGCCCACCGAGAAGGAGCGUGAUCGGCACGUCAACGACAAGCACUCCUCAGCACCUCCUCAAUACAAAUGCCUCUAUCCUCCUUGCACGUACGCCUCCAAGCGCGAGUCGAACUGCAAGCAACACAUGGAGAAGGCCCACGGCUGGGAAUAUGUCCGCUCAAAGAGCAACGGUCGGAAGAAGGCCCCAACAACCGGUAGCGACCGUACUCCUACUACCCCACUUACACCAUUCCUCGGCACGCCGCAGUCUGCUACGCUGCCUACGCCAAUGACUCCUUUUGCUCCUUCCCCCUCUGUCCCGAUGAUCGAUACUUUCGAUUACCCGUAUGGCUUUGGUACCCCAGCCAUGAGCGCCAACGGCUUCCAGGAGGAUUUCCGACGUGACUCAGUGACCACCGACGGUUCUGCGCUCACAUAUUCUUCCGGCCAUUCACCCACCGAGCCCACAUCAUUUGAUGAUGCUGUGACUCCUGAAGACACCACCAUCAACCACAAUGACGUCUUCAAUAACUGCGGGCUAGGUACGAACUUCAAUGCCUUCCAACAGCAACCCACUCCUGCUUUGAGCACUGGAUUCGAAUUCGAGCCGCUCCAAUUCCCCAUCAAUACGUCGGCGUCUGGCAAUGUGCCUCAUUUAUCUCCCAGCGGACAGCCCGACAUCACACUGUUCUCUCCUCAGAUGCACAUGGACGAGGGCUUUGGAGAAGGUAUGGACGUGUCAUUCACCCGGCCGACAGAGGACUUUACUCUCUUCGGCACAACUCAGCCGAGCAACAUGAACCUUGAUUCUACCGCCGGCUUCUUCCCAGACAUCAAUCAGUUCGGAGGUCAAUUUGAUAACCUCUAUGCUGAGCCGACCACGACCUUGGAUGACCUGAUGGGAAGCACGUUUGGAAACCCGCAGUAA